AUGGCAAUUGAUCAAAUUCAAUCGAUUACAAAACAAAUCGAUGAAUUGGACGUCGUAAUUUGUCAAUUAAAGAAUAUCUUUUUUUUAUCGAUAUGGAUUCAACUUGAUUUUCGUUUAAUUUAUGGAAAUCAAAAAUUUAAAUUACCAGCCAUAACAAAUCCGAUAUUACUUCAACCAGCAACUGUACUUGCUAAACGUAUUCGAGAAAGACAAAUAACUGCAUAUGAAGUUUGUCACGUUUACGCAGAUCGAAUUCGAUCUAAUCAACCUUAUUUAAAUGUUUAUGUUGAUGAAAGAUUUGAUCAAGCAUUAAUUGAAGCAAAAGAAAUUGAUCGUACGUUAGAUGAUGACAAAGAAUGA